AUGACGGCGGAUUCCUUCUCACCAGCUGUCGAUUGGCUUUACUGGAAGAUUCAUGCUGAGGCUGUUUUCGAGGUAAUCUCCUUCGAUUCUGGUGAAAAGCUGCUAAGCUUUCGUCCGUCAUAUGACGAACAUCAUCAGAGCAAGCUUGAAGAUCAGACAGAACAGCUGACUCGUGAACUCUCUGCUACUAGACGUGAUAUGGAAGAUCUCAACGAGGAGAAGCGUUUUCUUGAAGAUGAAGUCAAGAAGGUGAAGGAUAUGUUGCGCUCCACACUGGAACAAAAGGCGGCUGAGCAGACACAGCACUUAGGCAUCAUUCGUGACUAUAAAGACAUCACUUCUAGUCUCAGCCGGCGCCUCGACCAGACGGAGAUAGAAUUAGCAAGGGUGCUUCGACGCAAGCCUUCUACAAUGAAGGUUACGGUCGGUAAUAGCGAUAUGCAGCUGACCAAGCGAGUACUCCAUACUUGUUUACCACCCCAGCUUGUCGCAGAGUUAAUUCACACCAACUGCCCUGUUUGUUUACCAUUCCUCGACCAUCAUCUACCCACUUGGCGUCAGUCGGUCUCUUCCUCUACCUCCGCCUCCUGCUCCUACACUUCCACUUCUACUUCCAUAUCCACUAAUGCGAACUCUGUGAUUGACAUGAUUUCAUUACCUCAAAAGGCUGCGCUGUCACCCCCUACUACAGGUCUGGUUGGUUCGGAGGUCCCUGAUCGCGUGACUCCUGAGUUCGAUGCGACGAAUUUGCUACCCGAAGAGCUUGCGUUGGAGAACAAUUUGGAGUCUGAGUGUCUCGAGCAUGAGGAACAAUUGAUGACAAUGCGAGCAAAGGUGUGUCCUUAG